AUGAAUGCCUGGGUAGCCGACGGCUCGAAUCUCCCCAACCAUGAUAAUGGCGCUUUCCACCAAGCGACCAUUGACCCUUCCACAGCCUUCCUCCAUACCUCUCCCACGCCCCCUGACCCAAACCAGUUUCAGCGCAUGUUCAAUGGCAUGCCCCGAAAUGCCUCCCCUGGCUUCCACAACCCGAACCAGGUAAUUCCAUCCAAACGACCACGACCCGAGGAUGGCAUCGCGAUGUCCCCUCGACAGGCACCUGGUGGCAUGUCGCGGUCGCAGACGCCCCAUCAGGUCCCCUUCCCCGGGUAUCAUGGCCCUGCCAAUGGAGGUCCUCAAUUCACUCCCCAUCCCAAUCCCUAUCAACACCUCCAGGGGACACCACCCAAUGUCACCCAGUCCCCGAUCAUGCAGGACUUUGACCAGCAUGGGGUACAGCGAAUGGGUACCGCGUCUCCGAGCCCGUUCACGCCCGGGCCUCAGGUAGGAGGACCGCACAUGUCGCCCCAGUCCGAUCAUCCGAGCCGGGUCAAUACACCGCAGAACAAUUCGUUCAUGCCGGCGCAGCCCUUUCCUCAGGGCAUGGGCCCCCAAUUCACCCCGACCCCGGCCAUGACGUCCGCUGCGGUGCAGGCGCCGAUGCAGGCACCGAUGCAGGCGCAUUUUGCCGGCAUGCCGCAGGGAUACCAGCAAGCAAUGGCUGCCCAACAGCAGCAACAUCAGCAACAACAGCAGCAGCAGCAACAACAACAGCAGCAGCAGCAGCAGCAGCAGCAGCGAAUGCAUGCUUUGCAGAUGCAAAACCAAGGACGCCCCAUGAACAUGAAUCCGGCUCUGGCUGGGCGUCCGGUGGCGGCUGGGAUGAACGCCAUGGCGAACCCGCAGCAGAUGGCCGCCAUCAGGCAGAUGCAACAGACCAUGGCGAAGCCCCCGAACCCGGAAGCCUUCAUGAAGUCCUUGCAGAAGUUUAUGAUGUCGCGGAGCUUACCACUCGACAUGAAUCCGAUUGUGUGCGGUCGGCCCAUCCAUCUGAUCCACCUGUAUUCCGCCGUGAUGAAGCUGGGGGGUUCCAAAAAGGUCACGGCCGCCAACAUGUGGCCCGUGAUCUCCCAGCAACUCCAUUUCCCCCCCAUGCAGUUUCCCACUGCGAUGCAAGAGAUCCGGGAACAUUACCAGCGGAAUCUCGCUGUCUACGAACAAGCCUUCUUGAAUUCCCAGCAGAAACAAUUCGCGGACCAGAUGCAGCAGGGCUCCUUACCGCGGCAGCCCAGUGACCCCUCGGGCAUGCAGUUUCAGUCACCGACUGCCAAACCUGGUCCGGGCUUCGAGAAUCAGCAACCGAUGGGACAGCCCUCCCCCGGGAAUCCACCGGUACCGCAUCAUGUGCCGAACCAGGCCGCCAAUGGAUUCUCCACACCGACACCCGUAAAGGGUCCCAGCAAGCCGCCGCCGCCGCCGCUUCAGCAACAACAACAGCAGCACCAGCAUCGACUCAGCGUCUCCCAGGGGUCGCAACCUCCUGCAACGCCCCAUGACCCUUCGAAUCAGUUUAUCCCGCAGUCCCCGGCGCAAGUCGGGAAAGGACCUGGUUCGGUAUCGGGGAAAGCCCUUGACCAACUCGACGGGCCCUCCAACCAACCGCUCAAGCACCCCAUCGAGGACCCCUUCAAGCCGAUGGUACUACAAGGGAGUAAUCUCCACGGACCCAUUGCCGUGGAUGAGAUGUAUCCUCUGGGGGAGGAGAUCACGAGGUUCAGGCCCAAUGUUCCUGCUUAUGGGGAACUCGGGGUCAUUGACAUCCACGCUUUGAUCAUGAGCGUGAAAUCCGGCAUCCAUGCCGAGAUGCGCGUGGCCUUGGAUACGUUGGCGACCAUCUCUUGCGAGCCGGCCAUUCAAAUAUCGUUGGACAACUGCGAAGACCUUGUGGACUGCCUGAUCGAUUGUGCAGAGGAUCAAGCGGAGUUGCUUGCUGAGCAUGCUGCAGAGGUCUCGGAUGUGAUGCUUCUUCCGUCCUACGAAGAGAUCAGCCGUGGGUGCCAGGUCGAAUGGACGUCCUUGGCAGAUCCCUCCGAAUUUGGGAGCCUCGAUUACGAGCUCGAUCGAGCUGUCGACAGACUCAUCUGCGUCACCACCAUCCUGCGCAACUUCUCGUUCGCGGAGUCCAAUUUUGGAGUCCUGUCCACACCCCCAGUCAUCGAGUUCUUCUCCACGAUCAUCCGCUAUCUGGGGACGCGGAACAUGCUUCUGCGGACCAACCAGAAUACCUUGGAUUUCAUGAAGGACACUGUCAUCUAUCUUAGCAACUUAGCGCACACCAUCCAGGUGCCGAGCCGGGAGGAGGCCGAAAGCCUCCUCAAUUUCGUGCUGUCGUUUGCGCCGUUCCCCAGCCCAAGCCUGGGGCCGGACGGCGUCAUGUUCACCUCGUACAAUGCCUCUAUCCACAAGUACACACCCGCCGCCGUGGAUAGUUUCGCGAAGCUCCUCGCGCGGGAUGAACCCAACCGAACAUUCUUCCGGUCCAUCUUCUCUGGCGAUGGCAACGGCGUCCAACAAGAUCUGCUCACUCGUGCUUUCGGGCUCGCCAUCUGCCCUGUCCCCGACCAGCCUCGGAAACCGCUCGCCAUCGCAGAUGCGCGCAAGGUGUUCCUCAUGCAGGGAUUGCUGGCGGCAGAUAUCCUCUCCAGCUUCGCUGAUGGGCCCCUGGCCAAAGCGUGGCUGGAGUCGCUGGAUGGGUUCGCGAUUCAUCUCCUCAGACUAUCUUGUCUGCUGAGUACGGAACGCGUCCCUCCACCCAAUGUCAACGCACGCCAGACCCACGCCGUACGGGCCCAGGCGGACGAAGCCUCCGCAUACAGCUCCAUCAUCAACCGAGGAUUAGGCAUACUCCGGCGCUUAGCCGAGAAGUCCAAGUAUGCCGAGACGGACACCGCCCUGCGGUUCCCAUCAGGGAUCAUCCCUAAAAAGGAGAGCUUACUUGGAGCGUUGCUCAUGCGCAAUGUUGAUCCCGGGGUCGUGCGGCAGCUGAUAACCUAUGCGCGACUCGCCGAGUGA